AUGCGUUUCUCACCGAAGAGACGGCCGUGGCAACCAGACCAUCGGCUCGUUAGGCUUCUACUGCUCAUUCUACUAUCGAAGAUCUCGAUACCGGUGAAUUGUCUCGCCGUGGACGACGUCUACGACGAAAGCAUCAACGAGAUGGCGAACGCGACCGUCGUCCUCGGAACGUUCGAGACGGAUCCGCCUCUCCCAGUCACGGAGGCAGCGGCGGCGGCGGAAGACGUUGACGACUGCGCACCGUGCCUCUGCAAGUGGUCGGGAGGGAAACAGACUGCAGAUUGUGCUGGCGCUCAACUUGUUGAGGUGCCUCGGGGCCUUCGCGCGGAAACUCAGGUGGUCAACCUCACUGGCAACGCGCUGACCGUGCUGGGGUCACGAGAGUUCCACAGUAAAGGAUACUCGAGUCUCCAGAGGAUUUUCGUAUCUCAUUGCCACCUGACGCAGGUUGCUGCUGAUACGUUCUAUCUGUUGACGAACCUUGUGGAACUAGAUCUGAGCUUCAACCGACUUCAAAGUGUUCCUAGCCAAGCUCUUUCAGACUGUACCAGCCUCCGGAGGCUUUCAUUGAUCCACAACCCGAUUGAAACUCUCCAUGACGACGCUUUCCGAGGACUGUCACGACUGGGCACGUUGGAGCUGAGCCAUUGUCAACUGCACACCGUUGAAACAUUAGCGUUUCGCGGUUUGCGGGGUCUGGAGUUCCUUCGAAUGGCGCACAACCGCCUUUCGAGACUACAGUCGGCCGCCCUGACCGACCAACUUCCCACGCAGCUCUAUGGAGUGAACCUCGAGGAAAACCCCUGGGUUUGCGACUGCGAGUUGCGUCAUCUCCGUCAAUGGAUGUUAGACAACAACAUUCCUCUAUCGGCUCCACCGAAGUGCCAGAACCCACCUCGACUUCAAGGUAUAUCUUGGAGUGCGUUAUCGAUGGACGAUCUCGCAUGCGCACCGGAGCUAUCGUCCGUGCCUUCAUCGGUGAAAGCGGUCGAAAUGGAAAAUGCCACCAUCCGUUGUGAAGUCGACUCGGAGCCCCCGUCGUCAACCGACAUUGCUUGGUCGCUCAACGGUCGCCAGAUCCGCAAUAUGUCUCUAAUGUCGUUCGGACGUCAACUGUAUGUUAUUAGCGAAGAGGAAUCGCUCGGCAGGGUAAAAACCAGCGUAUUGACUAUAGUGAACGUGUUCAUCAAGGAUGCAGGAACAUACGUCUGCACCGGGUCCAAUCGCGCCGGCAAAGUUACGGCCAAUGUCACGUUGUACGUCCUGCCCAGGGAAGAGUUCGGCCCGUUGACAGCGGUCGAGAUCGUGGGAGUUACCGUCGGUUUCGUGCUGACGUGCACCGUCAUGCUGGCUGCUGUCUACAUGGUGAUGCAGCAGUACGCCAGAUAUUGCGAAGAACGUGCGGUUUCGUCGUCCGACGACGACGUGGAUCGGAAGGAAACGAAGUCUUGCAACAGAAAAUCCGAUGUUGCUGCAGCCGCGGCCGCUGCGACCAAAUCGAAUUAUGAAACCGUGGUCGCCGUGAAUCGGAGGCACGUCAGCGUUGACCUCCUCGACGGAGCCCAAGCAUUCACCGAGCUCGGGCUGACUUUAUGUCCUUCGGUGAAAACAUGCUCAAAAGCCACGCCGGCGACAACUUCGAGCGUCCUCGAAUUCGAUACGGUGUUGGUCGAGGCGAUCGCCUCGGAACUCGAGGAGAAAAUUGCAUCUCGACUCAUCGGGAACCUCGCGCUGACAAAUAAUAGGAGAGACAUGCUCGAUGAAGAGAACGUCCCGCCCCCGGCUCCGAGGAGUGCAAACGAGUCCGGCGUGGCCGCAACCAAUCGGCAGAUGGCCGAAUGA